ACCUCUCUCAUCAACAAUGGCGUCUCGAAUCCGCAGAUCAAGAAUCCACUCUAUAUUCUUCUUCCUCUUCACGAAAACCAAUCUUCUUCUGCUCCUUAUUCUUCUUGGCUCCUGCAACGGAGCAAGAACAAGUACGAAUGUCUUCAACUCGAAACCACACAAGCAAGAAAAUGAUGUCGUUUCGUCUUCAUCUCGACAGUUCUUGGGAUUCUUGCCACGUCACUUCCCAGUUCCAGCUUCUGGUCCCUCUAGAAAACACAAUGAUAUCGGUUUACUUAGUUGGCAUGGAUCUUCCCCGUGAAAAAGCAUAAAGGUCAUAACUCAUUA